GUUCAGGAUGCAAUUCAAGCUCGCUACAGCUCUUGCGCUUCUUCCCUUCCUUGUGCAGGCUACGCCGACGCCUUCGACGCCUGGCAGGAAGAUUGCCCUGACCAAGCGGUCGCCAAUCGUCAAGAAUGGCGUCGCAGACAUCAAGUUAUUGCAGUCUCAUGUGGAACAGGUCAAAGGGAAGAUCGCACGUGGUUUUUCCAACUAUGAGAAGAACACUGGCAACGUCCACCCGAACUACCGCAACGCGACGACGUCGAGCAAACGCGCUACUGGCACUGUUCCUCUGACUGACGUGGUCGACGGCCAGCUUUGGCAGGGCUCGGUCUCUGUUGGUACACCUCCAGUGGAGUACAUUGUCGACUUUGACACUGGAUCGAGUGACUUUUUCCUUCCGGGCAGUGACUGUGGCUCUUCCUGUUCUGGCCAUACCUUGUAUGACCCAUCGAAGAGCAGCACCGCCCAAGAUGCAGAUCAACAAUUUCAGCUCGGUUUCGGCAACGGCGCUCAGGUUGUCGGUGAACAGUUCACCGACACUGUUACACUCGGCAGCCUCACAGCAACGGACCAGCGUCUCGGUGCUGCGACCCAGUACUCAGCAGCUCUCGAAUCCAGCGAGUUCUCACCCGACGGUCUCCUUGGCAUGGCAUUUGAGUCUAUUUCGCAAUUUAACAGCCCCCCGGUAUUCCAAACUCUUGUGACGCAGGGACAAGCGGAUUCAGGAGAAUUUGGAUUCACUCUUCUCAACAACGGGUCUGAGAUAUUCCUUGGAGGUGUUGAUACUUCAAAGUUCUCUGGUGAUUUGACGUACACGGAUGUCACUCAGGAAGGUUUCUGGGAAAUUAAUAUUGAUAGCGUUAAUGUCGGAUCUAAACCGGUGACUAGCAACUUGGAUGCAAUCGUUGACACGGGUACGAGCUUGGUCAUUGGCGAUAGCGAAAGCGUUGAGAGCAUCUACGAGGCUAUUCCUGGAGCGGCGGAUGCCAGCCAAACAGUCGGCCAAGGAUUCUUCACUGUUCCGUGCAAUUCUGACCCGAGCACCGCAUUGUCUAUUGGCGGAGGUCAGUUCACGAUCUCCGCUGACACCUUCAACCUGGGUCAAGUCGAUGAAACUGGCCAGGACUGUGUCGGUGGCAUUAUUGCAGACGAUUCUCAGGGUUUCUGGAUCUUGGGUGACGUCUUCCUCAGCAACGUGUAUACUUCGUUUGACCUUGACAAUGGCCGUGUCGGUUUCGCGACAGUCAACGCCAACUAGAGCUACACUGUAAUGGAGGGCUAAAUGUUUGAAGUGGAUGUUUCUUCAAGUCUGGGCUAACAAUAUACCAUAUUCGUAUCUUUCUUGGCUU